AUGCAGAGCACGAAUACACGUCAGAUCCAUGUAUAUGGACGCAAAAAUCGGACAAGGAUUGUAGAAAAGACGCCGGCAUUCGAUGAGAACCAACCUGCUACGCCGCCCCCUGCCUCACGGUCCUCGACACAGCUGCCUGUGCGCCGAAGUUUGUUUGCGGGCGUAGAUCUCACGUCGCCGUGGCCAUCGUGGAUGCAGAGUCCACGCGAUACCAUCACCAAGAAAAUUACAGCCCCUCUGCGCUCAUGGACAAGCAAAUAUGAUAUUUCGCCACCUGCGUCGCCUACACGCCGUCCCUUGGCUGACCUCCGUGGUAAUGAAGCAGACACAGAGCCUAGCCUGUCUACGGCCAUGGCUGACUUAUCGCUCCAAACGCCGGAGCUGACCUCUCUAUUGUCGAGUGUUGAUCAGCAAUCUCCUCUUUCCUUUGAUACUAUGGUCACUGAGCUGGCUCGUCAAGGUCCCCUCAUCAAAAUUGGCGAAGCUAGUUAUUCUGACGUAUACCAAUGCACACCGAUCGAUGGCCGGCCCGCGCGUGUCAUGAAAGUCAUUGCGCUCGACUCUGGCAGUUUGGACGAGCUUCCUCGUGGACUUACCCUCUCUCCCUAUAGCAGCGUCGAGCGAGAAGUGCGACUUACGAAGGCGCUCAGUCAGCCGACACGAACAUGGUCAGCGCAUACGGUGCACUUGCACCGCGCCUGUGUAGUACGUGGAAAGUACCCUGAUGAACUGCUUCGGGCAUGGGAUGCGUUUAAAACGACAUACCCGUCUCGGUCCGAGAAUGCGCGGCCUGAUACGUUGCCAUUACAGCAACUAUACGCACUACUCAUGAUGGACGAUGCCGGUCAAGAGCUGGAGCAUGUCCACUUCACAUCGUGGACUCAACGAGCUGCCGUAUUUUGGCAGACAGCCUGUGCCCUUGCCAUGGCAGAGCGUGACCUGGGCUUUGAGCACCGUGAUUUGCACCUCAGCAAUAUACUGGUGCGUCUUGAUGAGCCUACGACACCGCAAGAUAUGGCAACGUCGUCUGCCAACUUGGUCGAAUUCAUGGCAGCGCGGCAUGCCCCCGCCUGCACAGGCGUACGUGCGACCAUGAUCGAUUAUGCGCUCUCGCGUAUUCAACAGGGCGACGAGAUUUGGGCUUAUGAUUUCUCUGAUGAGUCUAUAUUUACGGGCCAAGGUGAUUCGCAGUACGAAGUGUACCGUACGAUGCGACGCCUGGUAGCAAACGAUUGGCGCGAUGCUACACCGAUGACCAAUGUAUUGUGGCUCCAGUUUCUGCUCCAACGACUCCUCCUAGCCGAGCCCCCGGCGGGUAGCGACGAGACGGACGAUGCGGCGUAUCGGCUGCUUACCUCGGUUGAGCUUCUGGCGCAUGACGCCGUUGAACAUGCAUUGCGGCAUGUGCCGACACAAAAAGUGUCUACACGAUCCAAGCGUCGUUCGAUCCAACGGGCUCAGGACGCCUGGAAAAUCUUACCUGACCACGUUCCCACCCGCAUUACGUCGGCUUGGACGUUGAUCGAAGCAGCUGCAGCAUCGUGGCCAGAGGCCCUUAUCACUGGUGGCCCCCCAUAG